AUGACACCACGGUGGAACCGCGGGUCUUCGGAGGCCCUGGGGAAAGGCGCGGCCGGACUUGGAGCCCCUGUGAAGUGCACCAUGGCUCAUGGGACUGAGAUCGAUGUGAGGAUGGAUGCCUCCUUAAACGCCGCAUCUCUGCUGUACAAUACAGAAAUAUUAUUUAUGGAUCGAGGGGGAGAAUACGUGUCUGCCAUUUGCACCGCGACCUCCUGCAGAAGCCCAGAGGGUGAAAUAUCAGCCCAAUAUUACGGAGCUCUGGGACAAUCAGCUUAUGUACACCUGAGAAACACCAGUGUUGAUCAUUCGGGUUUUGAGUUGCAAGUCUUUUUCAAGUGUGAAGACAUUUUCACCUACAGGCAGAGAAAUAAAAAAACUAAUUUUCAUUCCGGUCGAAAUGGUCUGUUGCUGAAGAAUGGAACCUUAAGGCUGGAUAAUUUAACAAAAAAUCAUUCUGGGGUAUAUUCAAUUGAAGAGUUUUCCAAUGGUAGAAGCACUGGAACAAGAAAAAUAACUCUGACCAUUCAAGCCCCAGUGUCUCCCCCUGAACUGUCCCAGCUCUGUCAGCCCCAUGGAGAGAUGCGGGCCUGGUGCUCCAGCACAGGGGAGGCCCCCCAGUACAGCUGGACCCUGAAUGACCGACCCCUGGAUGGGGGGGUGGCCUUCCUCAGCAAUGAAACCCAAACUGUCAUACUGAAGAGGGACAUACCUGGAUCUAUCACCUGUAUAGUCAGUAACCACGUCAGCAAGGAAAGCACCACCCAGAAACUCCUCACCUGUCCAGCCUCUGUUUGA